CCCGUGAUCACCGCCGUCGUCCGCGCUAAACCUCGAUCCGACGGCCAUGGCCCAGGCCGCGGUGGCCGCGGCCGAGGUGACCCAGGUGUUGUGCGCCGCUGGGGGUGCCAUGGAGUUGACGGAGCUGCGGCGCCGCUUGCGAACGAGCCUGGGAGCCGACGCUCUGGAGCGGCUGCUGCGGGACCGCGGGCGCUUCGUGGUGGCCUCGCGGGCAGGUGCAGGCCGGGCUGGGGUGCCGGCGGCGGCGGCGGCGGGGACGACGGCGGCGGCCUCGAAGCGAGUGGUGCUGGCCGUGUCGUCGCUGCGUCUGUGCCGCGCGCACCAGGGUCCCAAGCCGGGCUGCACCGGGCUCUGCGCGCAGCUUCAUCUCUGCAAGUUCCUCAUCUACGGCGCCUGCAAGUUCCUGAGGACUGGGAAGAACUGUAGGAAUGGUCACAACCUGAAGACUGAUCACAACCUGAGUGUGCUGAGAACACAUGGUGUUGACCACCUCACCUAUAGUGAGCUUUGCCAGCUUUUGGUUCAGAAUGACCCCUGGCUUUUACCAGAAAUCUGCCUACACUACAACAAAGGUGAUGGACCCUUUGGCUCUUGCUCCUUCCAAAAGCAAUGUAUUAAACUCCAUAUCUGCCAGUACUACUUACAGGGAGAGUGCAAGUUUGGCACUAGCUGUAAGAGAUCUCACGAGCUCACUAACUCUGAGAAUCUGGAGAAAUUGGAACGGUUGGGUUUAAGUUCUGACCUGGUGAGCAGGCUGCCUUCUACUUACCAGAAUGCAUAUGACAUCAAGAAUAAGGGCUCAGCCCUCAGCAAAUCUCCUACAGGUCCACAGGGCACUUCUGAAAGAAAAGACAGCUCAGGUUCUGUGUCACCAGGAACUCCUAGCCAGGAGGAGAGUGAUCAGAUUUGCUUGUACCACAUUCGGAAAAGUUGUAGCUUUCAAGAUAAGUGCCAUCGAGUUCAUUUUCAUCUGCCAUAUCGAUGGCAGUUCUUGGAUGGAGGCAAAUGGAAGGAUUUGGACAACAUGGAGCUUAUUGAAGAGGCAUAUAGCAAUCCAAGUAAAGACAGUAUUGUGUACACAGGGUCAGCUACUAGCUUUCACUUUGAUAAUUUAGACUUUGGUUCCAUGAAGUUUGGUAGUACUCUGGCUCGCCGACUCUCCACAGCUUCUUCAGUCACCAAACCCCCACAUUUCAUCCUCACCACUGACUGGAUUUGGUACUGGAUGGAUGAGUAUGGUUCUUGGCAGGAAUAUGGACGACAAGGUACAGUGCACCCUGUGACCACCAUCAACAGCAGUGAUGUGGAAAAGGCUUACCUGGCAUUCUGUGUCCCAGGGGCUGAUGCCCAGACAGCCGCCUUGAAGUUCCAGGCUGGAAAACACAACUAUGAGUUAGACUUCAAAGCCUUUCUGCAAAAAAACCUUGUGUAUGGCACUGUUAGAAAGGUUUGUCGAAGACCCAAAUACGUGUCUCCCCAGGAUGUGCAGAUGAAGCAGUCCUGCAAUACUAAGUUUCAAGGCUCAAAGAGCAUCCCAGACUACUGGGACCCUGCAGCCCUGCCAGACCUGGGAUUUAAGAAGAUCAUUCUCAGUUCUUCCUCAGAAGAGUAUAAAAAGGUGUGGAACCUCUUCAACCGCACUCUACCUUUCUACUGUAUUCAGAAGAUUGAGCGGAUCCAGAACUUGGGCCUGUGGGAAGUCUACCAGUGGCAAAAAGGGCAGAUGCAGAAGCAAAAUGGGGGCAAGGAAGUAGAUGAGAGGCAGCUGUUCCACGGUACCAACACCGGCUUCGUGGAUGCCAUCUGCCAGCAGAACUUUGACUGGCGGGUCUGUGGUCUGCAUGGCACAUCCUAUGGCAAAGGGAGCUACUUUGCGAGAGAUGCUGCCUAUUCCCACCACUACAGCAAAUCUGACACACACUCCCAUUCGAUGUUCUUGGCCCGGGUGCUGGUGGGAGACUUCGUCAGGGGCAAUGCUGCCUUCGUCCGCCCUCCAGCCAAGGAAGGCCAGAGCAAUUCCUUCUAUGACAGCUGUGUGAACAGCAUGUCCGACCCAACUAUCUUUGUAGUUUUUGAGAAGCACCAGAUCUACCCUGAGUACCUCAUCCAAUACUCCACCUCCUCCAAGCCCCCAGCUGGACCCUCCAUCUUUGUUGCCCUGGGCAACUUGUUCAGCAGCCGACAGUGAGCAUGGCCAGGAAGCAGUAGGCCGUAAUGGCACAUCUGUCUGGUGGAGCUGUUUGGAAAGUUUCUUUUUUAACAGAACUUUUAAUGAACUCUUGUUUAAUGUUGACUGCUCAGUGAAGUUUCUUUCUUUCUUUCUUUUCCUCCCCUAGUGCUGGGAUGGAACACAGGGUCUCGUGCUUGCUAGGUAAGCACUCUACACUGAGCCCUCAGCCCUUUUA